AUUAAAUUGCAUAUAAAUUAUUAUUAUUAAUAUGGAUAGUUUAACUAGUGAUAUUUGUGAAUUAGAAGACUGUAUAAACAUAAAUGAUUUCGUGAGUAAAAUACCCAGCAAACAUUUAAAUCUGUUGUGUGUACACAUAAAUAUAAGGUCAAUCAUAAAAUAUUUUGCUAGCCUCGAGCAAUGUAUAUAUGCGGCUAACACUAUUGACGUUAUUGUUGUUACAGAGGUUAACAUUUCUGAUAGAAUCAGUUGUUUGUACAAUUUAAAUGGAUAUCAAAUGUUCUCAGCGCUCAGAAACAGUAGGAAAGGUGGUGGUAUCUUAGUUUAUGUAAAAAAGAAACAUAAAUUUAGUAUACAAAUUGUAAAAAGCCAACAUUUCGAGAAUAUACUCUUUACCAUCACAACUCAGACGAAAUACACUGCGCAUAUUUGUGCUAUUUACCGCCCACCUAGCCUAAGCAAGAGCCUGUUUAUUGACGAACUUCAUAAUAUCAUUAAGAGUAACUGCCAGAAAAAUAUAGACUUGUAUCUAUUGGGGGACGUUAAUAUAAACCUAAAGCUAGACAUUCCUAUAAAACAUAAAUAUUGCAACACAUUACACAGUUUAGGCCUUAUGUGUGGGAUCACAACAUACACUAGGGCAGAACUAUACAAAGGAAUCGUUACAAAAUCAUGCAUAGAUCACAUAUACGCUCGAUCCCAAACACACGACCUAUACACUGCAGCGGUUGGCACAAAACUAGCGGACCAUCGAGCGAUCGUGCUCGCUUGCACUAAAGCACAGCUACAGGAUGUUCCAACAUAUAAAACAUUAAUUGACAAAAAUAAAUUAACGACCCUUCUAGAGCAAAUUGAUUGGAAGCCGACAGUAGAAAUGACGUGUCCUAUUGGUAUAUACAACUUCAUACAAAAUAACAUAACUCAAGCAUAUAAAAAAUCAGAAUAUACAGUUAAACUUAAAUCUAACACUCAUCGAAACAGUAACCAUUGGAUUAAUAAUAGAAUUAUUAAAGCAUGUCAUUACAGAGAUAAACUUUUUACUCAAUAUAUAAAAGAUACAAACAACUUAAUACUAAAACAAAAAUAUAAUAAAACCAGAAAUUAUGUCAAUAAAUUAAUAAAUAAAACUAAAAAUAAAACACUUAGAACCAAUAUAGAAGCUAAUAAAAACAAUCUAAAAAAUCUAUGGGAUAUAUUAAAUCAAUUAACAGGAAAAAUUAAAACAUCCAUUGACGUAGCAAUACAAAACUCAUUUGAAAAUCAAAAUGUUACGUGUAAAGAUAUUGCAAAUAAUUUUGCAACUACCUUCCACAAUAGUAUCAGUAAUGUUGCAACCAACUGUGCAAUUCCACUGUUGGAUACAAGUUUAUACCGGCGAGCAGAAAAUACUAGUAUGAGAUUUCAGUCAGCAGACCCUAAAUCUGUCGCAAAGAUCAUAAAAUCAUUAAACGACAAAAAAUCUCCAGGCGCAGAUAGAAUUAGAACUAUAGACAUUAAAAUGUUAUGCAAUAAAAUAAACGUAGCCAUAGCUAAUCUUAUUAACACGAGCAUUUACACUGGACAGUAUCCUAAUUUAUUAAAAACAGGUAUAGUACGACCAAUAUACAAAAAUGGUAGCAAAAAAAACUAUAAUAAUUAUCGUCCAAUAACUAUACUGCCAACAAUCAACAAAAUAAUUGAAAAAUAUAUAUGUGGACAAAUCCAAAGUUAUUAUAAAAAACACAAUAUUCUUUCUAACAAACAAUACGGAUUUCAACCAAAUAAAAACACCACACAAUUACUAUCCGCAUUCACAGAUCUUAUUUAUAAGCACUUAAAUAAAAAGGAACAUGUCCUGGUAGUGUUUAUUGAUUAUAGUAAGGCAUUCGACACAUUAAGGCACAGCGUAAUCCUACAAAACCUAAAUGACUGCGGAGUACGAGGAAACCUGCUCAAGUGGUGUGAAAACUAUCUGCAAGAUAGAACUUAUCGUGUUAAAGUGUGCAACGAAGAAAGUUUCCCAAUAUCCAUAACAGAAGACGAUACAUGCCUAGUAGCCGCUGGGGCUAACAUACAAGAAGCAGAAACAAAGCUGCAAGCUGACUUCGAUGCAUUGGCUGAAUGGUCCCACGACGUGGGACUUGUACUAAAUCCGGGUAAAACAAAGUUCAUGCAUAUCCGAUCUAGUCGCAAUCUGGGCGCGCGUGCACCCCACUUGGUCUUGCACAGCCACAUUUGUGCACAUUCCAGUAAAUCGUACCCCAUCAACUGUAACUGCAACGCCUUAGAAUUGGUUCAUUGCCACAGGUACCUGGGGCUUGCAAUUGAUGACCGAAUGUCCUGGAAAAUGCAUAUUAAUUCUGUCUGUGAAAGGCUAAGAGCGAUACUUGCCAAAUUCACUAUAAUAAAAAAUAAAAUACCUCUCAAUACUCUGCUACUGCUAUACAAAGCACUAGCAGAAUCUAUUAUAACAUAUGGACUUUCAAGCUAUGGGAGAACAUGCAAAACCUAUCUUAAUCAAAUAUUUUCAUUACAAAUACGUAUUUUAAAAGCAAUUGCUCCUUACAAAAUAAAAUCACAAUAUAAAGAAGACUAUAGAAAGCUAUUUGCAUUUUUUAAAAUUAUACCUAUACAAGAGAAAGUGCAGCUAGCAUUAUUAAAUGAAAACUACUUUACAGACAAUUACCUUAAAACAACUAAAACUCACUAUCACUAUACAACACGUAGAAAAUUAAAAAACGAAUUUCUUUUACCAAAAUACAAUAAUUUAUAUGGGAAAAAAACAUUAGACUAUAUUAUUCCAAAUCUAUUAAACUCUUUACCGGCUGCGCUAUUUGCUAAUGUAACAGGAAACAAUAUCAAAUUUAAAUUAAAAAAUUACUUUAUAAGUCAAACAAUAACAAAUUAUGCAUAACUAAAAGUAGGAUGUCGUCAUUUAGUUCAUGUUCGAAUAUGUAAAUUCGAAUACACAUCCUGUAUUCGAAUGAGAAUUUCUCGUCAAGAACAGGUUUCUUGCAUCGGCUGUGGAGCGUCAUUGUUUCAAUUGGUAUAUGUUGUUCGUGCAAUUUUUAUGGUUUAUUGGUGGGGGUGUUAUAUUGUAUAGUGUGUCACUGGCCUGAGUGUGUAAUAGUGUGUAAUAGAUUAAUUAUUUAAAUAUUUUCGACGACCUGGUGGACGGAAAAACUGUGUCCAGUUUGUGUUUCCACCACGCCAACUUUUUUCUAUUUAGGAUGAUGUAUAGAAUAAAUAAAUAAAUAAAA